AUGUCCUCGACACCAACCUUGCCGCCGACGAUGCGCGCCUGGGUGCGCCCACGGCGCGGUCCUGCGUCCAGCGCACUUGAGUUGACAACGGUAUUUCCCACGCCUGCAGUGCCUACGGAUUCAUCACCCGAUGUCCUGAUUCGCGUAUCACAUGUGUCACUACAGUUUAGUACCGAGUCUAUGAUGAAGGCAUUGCCCAGUCUACCAUUCCUCGGCCCGUGGGUCCCCGAAAUCGAGCUUUCUGGCGAGGUUGUGGCGGCUGGCGAGGGCGCACCGGCAGAGGUGCGCGGCGUGGGCUCUGUUGAUAUGGCGUCGGCCUCGGGCAUUCACGGGUCUGGCAGCACCGCACUCAAGAUGAUCCGCACAGCAGGUGUGCGAGAGGGCCAUACAGUGCUCGUAAAUGGGGCUAGCGGGUCAGUUGGCUCGGUGCUCGUGCAGCUUUGUAAAUUGCGUGGUGCAAAAGUGGUUGGUGUGGCCAGCGGUGCCAACGGGGCUAUGGUUCGUGGUCUUGGCGUGGACGAGUUCAUCGACUACCGCAAACAUGAUCCGCUACCAGCCUACCUGGCGCAUCAGUAUGGCGAGAACCCGUUUGACUUUGUGCUCGACUGCGUUGGCACGCAGGCGCUCUUUGUGAACUCGCCGGCUUAUCUUAAGGCCGAAGGCGUCGUGAUCAACAUCGGUAUGCUAGAAGGCUUGUUUGUUACGGCGCGGAAUAUGCUCUUCAACAGCUGGUUGCCCACUUGGCUGGGUGGCGUGCCACGUCGCUACAUGACGUUCAGCACGCCGCCGGCGCGUGACGACGCAGUAUACCUUGCACGUCUGGUCGAGGAGGGCCAUUUGCGUGUGCCAGUCGACUCUGUCUUUGAUAUGGAGGACGCCAUAAGUGCCUACCAGUGCAUCUCCACCAAGCGUGCACGUGGUAAGGUCGUGGUCAAGGUGCAUGGCGCCUAG